GCAACACUGGCGACCUUGAACUUGAAGGGAACAGAAAGUGCAACACAUGUUUUAUAGAAACUGUACUAGAUGAAAGCAAUGUCUGGUAAUGUUAAUACUAGUAUGGUUAGAGUAAAUUGGAAAGGAAUGUCUAUAGUGAUCCCAUUGGUGUGGUAUGCAAUUGCUCUGACAGUUAGUUCUCCACAACUUAACCAGUACAUUGUACAGGAAAAUGUUACCUAUAUACCCAUAAACCACGAGGAAUACAUGGAAAUAACGAAAGACAUAAAAUGUAAAGAUCCAAAUCAAAUUUUGACUUAUGUCCUGGACCCUGUCAGCAAUAGAACUCAUCUUGGCUGUUUUUAUGAAAAAAUCGUAAUUGGGAGGUAUUGUCCAGAAUUCAACAUUGAUGAAAGUAAUAGAACCAUUCUUCAACAGAAAUACGCGGCUCCUUGUGGUAAUUUGGGUAUAACACCAUGUGACUUUGCAUAUAAUUCCUCUGAGAGCUUCAAGAUGUUCGGUUGUUUUAUAGUAUAUGGAGGAAUACCAUCUCUAAUGCAGCGAGGACAGGAAGUUGAGAAUUUCAAAAAAGAAGAACUGAUAUUGAGAAAAUUAAUAGGAAGCUUGAAAAUAACUGUGGAAGAAAGAGAUAAAAAAAUAACAAACCAGUAUGUUGUGAUUGGGGUUGUUGUUACAUUUUUAAUUAUCAACUUGGUAAUAUUAGCUUUUAUUUUAUUCUAUAAGUAUUUCAUGCAUAAAAACAGAGAAAAUAUUGCUAAUUUUUCUGGUAAUCAGUUCAAAGAGAGAAAAAGUAAUGAAGAUGAUCCUUUGAAUGGACCUUUUGAAAAUACCAGAGCUAAAGAAGAGAGGCAAAGUAAUGAAAAUGAUCCCUUGAAUGGACCUUUUGAAAAUAUCAGAACUGCACCUCGCAGUGUCACACAUGAUAAAGUUGAAAUAGAAGGAGAAAACGACUUGGAAGAUCAACCACCAAUAAGUGUAAACUAAAAAGGCAAGUAAAAAAAAUUCAAAUUGCACAUGCAACUUUCGCAUGUAUGUGAUACAUUUAACAUUCCUGUGUUCCUCCUUGUGGGAAAAGUGACUUGUAUACCUUUGUGAUUAUUAGCAUAUUUAUGUUACAUUAAUAUCAUUUUAGAAUCGAAAUACAACAUUGUCUGCAAUUAUCGUUAUGAAUUUUAAAUAAACAACAUGUAUUAAAAUUAAUCAUUGAAUUUUGA